AUGGUGCUACGAAUGCGUGACAUGAUGUACGAGAACCCGGUCGACCAUUUCCUCUCGCUGCUGAUCGACCUGAUGAUCUUUUUUGUCAAAUCCAUCUACUAUACACUGGAAACGAUCGCCCUCACGUUGACACCGUACCGAUUUCGGAAGCUGAAGGAUGUCGCUGGCCAAGUCGUGCUGAUAACUGGAGGUGGCGGAGGCGUAGGCCGCCAAGUGGCCCUGAACUUUGCGCGCCUGCGGGCCCGGGUCGUCAUCUGGGACAUCAAUAAAGACGCACUGAAGGGCACAGCCGAUGCCCUGGAGGCCGAGGGCUACCGCUGCCGAACGUAUCUGGUGGACAUAUCAGAGCGCGAGCAAGUGUACGAGGCUGCCAAGAAGGUACAACAAGAUGUGGGACCGGUCGAGGUGCUGAUCAACAAUGCCGGAAUCGUGGCCUGCCGUCCGCUGUGGGAGCUCUCGGAUAAGGCAAUCGAGAGUACCUAUGGCGUCAACAUUUUGUCACACUACUGGACCACCAGAGCCUUUCUACCGGAAAUGAUGAAAGCAAACAGUGGCCACAUCGUCACCGUUGGGUCGGUGGCUGGUUUACUCGGCACGUACGGCUGUACGGACUACAGUGCAACGAAGUUCGCUUGCGUCGGGUUCCAUGAAGCCCUUUACACGGAACUGAAGACUCACGGCUACGAUGGCAUACACCUAACGCUCGUUUGUCCUUACUACAUCAACACGGGAAUGUUUGCCGGGUGCAAGCCGCGCCUUCUGCCGAUGCUGGAACCGACGCACGUCGCCGACAGCAUGGUGCGAUCGAUACUGAAGAACGAGGUUACCUGCACGCUACCGGACCAUGUGCGCAUGUUUCUGCCGUUGAAGUGUCUGCUGCCCGCCAAGAUGUGCUGGGAACUGAUGUACCGAGUGAUGAAGGGACCGGAAACGAUGAUGGGCUUCCGUGGUCGGGGCAAAGCGACAGGCGGCUAAAGACAGGCCCGGCCCAAACGACCCUCCCGAGCUUUUAUCCAUAACGUAUCGUUAUUUCUUUUCUUUCGAAUAUGUUUUUAACUAUGCUUGCGGGGGAACCGAUCGCCGAUAGUAUUGUAACCGUUUACGUGCGAAAUUUUUAUAGUACUGUUUUGUCGAAAUAAACCCAUAAACAUUGCAUUAAGAUAAUUAAUGUAGUAAUAGUGAGGAUCACGAGAAUAUUGUUUAGCAAAUAAAGGAAUCCAUCCAUAAUGUAUUGCUUG